AUGGCCAGUAAUUUUCCUUUAAUGCAUACAAAGAUUGUGAAUCAAUAUGUAAAAAGAUUGUCAGUUGAAGGCUUGACAGUGACGGUUUUCAAAUCUUGUGAUGAAAUUAAAACUGUUCUAAAAGACUUCGUAGCUGCUGAAGCUUUAUCACAGUACGUUACAUGGCAGAGACAAACUUCUUCAAACAUGUGGGAUAACUUUCAACCUCGGUCUGCUCACGUCUUAGAAGUUGCUUUCAAGGCUCGCGAUGGCAACAAAACAUAUCCGAUAUUGAACAGAAUAAACGUUCCUUACUUCAAAAACAAUGCACUGCACAGGACUAUCGUCGACCUUUCUACCUUAGAGAAUGGCAUGCAUGGCGGCAAUCCACCAAAAGUUCGAAGAAAAAUAAAUGAAAAAAGUGCUGACGAUGUUUUACCAGACUAUUGGUCUGACAUGAAAGGACAACAACUGAUAAAAGUUAAGUUAAGUUCAACAUCUAAAGAAUAUCAAACAGUUUUCACAAAAUUCAUAGCAUCGGGACAAUUUCAUCAAAAUAUUAUUCAUAUUGAAAGAAUACAGCAUGUAUAUUUGUAUAAGCAAUAUGUCGCCAAAAAGGCUGAGGUAACAAAGAAACUCCAAGGAUCGGGAGUUCAAGUAGAGAGAGAAUUAUUCCACGGAACGACUGAUGAUGAUAAAAUAAUUCAAAAUGGAUUCGAUAGAAGCUAUGCUGGAAAAAAUGCUACUUCUUAUGGAAAGGGUGUUUAUUUUGCUCUGAAAGCAACCUAUUCUCAACGUUAUGCUCAUCCAAAUAGUAGAGGAGAAAAAAGAAUGUUCCUAGCCAAUGUCGUUACGGGAUAUUACUGCCAAGGAUAUCGAAGCAUGGUCGCACCACCUCCAAGAACCAACAGUAACAUUAAGAAUGAUCUGCAUGACAGUGUAGUAGAUCGCAUCUCUGCUCCUACGAUAUGGGUGAUAUUUAAAGAUGCAAGUGCUUAUCCCACAUAUCUAAUCACAUUUAAAUAGUUUUUUGGGACCUCCCGGAGUAUGCGCACCAAGUUGGCGCACAACCUGAACUCAGGAUAUGUACCAGGUUAGGCUUCAGGUUAUGUAUGACGUGUAUCUAAUCAUUUUUCAUUCAUCAAAGUUAAUUAUAUUUUACAUAAUGGUACUGGGAGACUAACUCACCUGUGGAGACGUCUCAAAAGUACUUUGUCCCACACUUGUACUGCACUUACCCCACUUGCCACACUUUUCCUGAUUAUAGGAAUCCUGCUGCAUAUAUAUACUUCAUCCAUUUUCACAUGCUUUUUAUCAAUCCCAACCUAGAACAUACCACGAAUCUCACUCUAUACACUUACUCUAAUUCAUUGCAAAAGUUUUAAAGCUAACUAAAUUUGCCACAAGUUUCAUAUUCUAGCCCAUUACAUUGGUACAAAUGGGGACAAGGGGUACAACAAAUAGAAAUGGGUCAAAAGUGGACUUAUCUAUGCAGUUAGAGCAGAAUCUGUCACUUAUGAGUCAUGAAUUUGCUAUCACUGCUUAAUUCUUUGCUUUCUUUUAAUUAUAUUCCAGUAAUUAUGUAGAAUGCUUAGCUUUGUAUCUAAUAAUGAACAAUCCAGCAAACUGUUUUUAUCAAAAAUAAACAGUGUAUAAACAUAUUUACAGUAGUAAGUGAUAAUUUUUGGUUUUGCAAUUUAAAAAAUAUUAUGAAUUUUGCAAUCUUUGUUUAUAUUUAUUUUUUAAUUAAUUCUUAUUUAAGCCUGAUUGGUAUUUACUGUUUCAGCCGAGACUGGAAUCUGCACUUUCAUUACCUCUUUUGCAUAAACGAAAAAUGAUAAUAACA